AUGAAUCUCAUAUCAAACGCCUCAAAAGUUUUCGAAUUAUGCAACAAAGUCACGGUGAAUAUCUGUUGCUAUAAGGGGAAGGAGUGUUGGGCCCGCACUCGAACGCCAGACGUCGUGGCUCCGCCUCUUUUCGAUAAGUUACCUCGGCUCAUCUUUUGUCCGCCGACGCAUCCGACUCCUGCUGUGCGGUAUCGUCAACUUUCUCAGUUUUUCCUUAUAAGGACAAUUAUUUUUUUUAUUCUUUUUAUCUCUUUUUUUAGACGAAAUAGAUUUCGUUUCUUCACCGAUCCUUUACUCGGCCAAAAACUGGCGCCCAACCCUAAAAAGAAAGCCAUUUUAUCUUUUUGCACUGGAUAUUCUGAAAAUCUGCAACUCCCAGAUAUUAGAUGAUGACGCUGAUAAUUGCAACUUGCACAACUCUCUAUUUCAUAAAAUAACCUUGAAUUCAAAAAUCGUUAUGCACGGCAUCAGAAGAGUUUAUCUGAAAUUUGAGACGUCUUUCAAUUUUUUUCGGUGUUCAGUAGAUGAAAAACUUUUUAGGUUUUUAUCUCGAUAUUUGAGAAAUAAUCAAGUAAAAAUAUAUAAAGACUUUCAGUUUGCAAUGAGGAAUGAUUUCUUUACUUGUUGGAAGUCAUUUUGCGAGAUUAUUGCUGCUUCAAAUUUUAUUAAUUGAAAAUAUGAAUUUUUACGGGGUUUUCUUAUUCACACGCUCUUUAUUUGUUUUCCAUAAAAAUCUCGAGAAUAUUAAUUCGAUCAUAAAAAAAGUUUUCUGUUUUGUUGGCGACUUUCCAUUUUCUUCUUCUUUUUCUGGUACAAGAUUUUUUUGGAUAUUUUUUUCGCAGAAUUUUCUUUUUUUCAAUAACCAGUUUGUUUUCUCAAAUAUUUUUUUUCAAAAGGGUCAAACUUUUUUCAACCUUUUGAUGAUCUUUUCUGUUGAACAGGUCGACAAACUUUUUUUCUUUCUUUUUUUUUUGUAACGAAAGUUUUCCUUUUUUGACUGUUGCCUUGAAAUUUAGAAUUGUCCAAUACUAACCGAAAAAAAUAAUCUAAAAAAAAAAAAUAACCUGAUGCUUAGAACCAAUUCUUCUCAUUUCUUCUUUAAGUGUUGCAAACUUCAACUUUUGUCUUUUUACUUGAACAAAAACCACCCCAUAUGGUCUAUCCGCUAUCAGCAACUCGCACAUUUUCUUCCAAAACAUGCUUGGAGCAAGCCACUCAGUGUCAAUUGCAAUUUACUCCGGCCGCGCACAGAUUUUCAUGUUGUGGUCAAGGCGAUAGUUUCACACAUCUGUCUUACAAAGCAAGAAAGGAAUCAUAUCAAAUUUGUUGAAUACAAAGGGAUUCAACGUUGGCGAUCAGCCGACGUGCUAAUUGGGCCGGCCGCUCGCCGAGGCUACGGUAGCAGCGGCUCCGCCUCUCCACCCCUCCUCGCCUCUUGCGCGCCGUUCUUCUCUUUUUUCCACAAGCUGUUCGGAUUCCUGUUGUGUUUUGUUAUUGUCUUGUGUACCUACAAAAGAAAUCAACACCUAUUCUUGAGCUUUCAGGCUUCAGAAGUCGUCAACGAUGGCUCGUUUCUCAAUUCGGGAGCUGUGUCCCGACCUCACUGAUGCAGUCGCCGACUCCCCUCCUUCAGGUUCGUACCUUAUCUUAGCCUCAUUUUCCUCAUCUUGCUUUGAUAAGAUAUUGUGUUUCUUGUUUGCCGUUGGAAAGAUAAUACAAAUAAUAGGGAGAAGGGUUAGAUUCGGUCGAAAAACCUUAGAAGAAGUCCAUAAAAGACGGGCAAAGGCUCGGAACGGCAAAAUUUUAAUCCUACAGGAAUUCAUCAAAGCUUCAUGAAACAAUGUUAUUUGUAUAUAGGUUUCCUUUUUUGGUUGAUUCAUUUUCUGCCUUUUUAUGUGAAUUUCGAGCUGUGAUGGGGAAAAUUCUUCGAAUAACUGUUAUAUAGAUAGUCAAAGAUCCAAAUUUUCCAAACUUUGCUCAGACAGUACGAUUCAUUCGGGUGGCUCUUACGGACACUUAAAAAAGAAUAUUUCUGAAAUUUGUGAUCAUUUUGAGCUUCCAAUGAGAUUUGCCUGUUUUAAAAUAUUUUUCAUUCUAACCGGCACUCUAGAAGAGUAGUUUUCAUACCCAAAUCGGACUCCUAAUCACACAAACUUGUUUUCUUAUCAAUAUUUCUGACCUAAGCGGCUUACUAUAUCCAAGUACGGUAGCUAUUUGCUUGGAAGCCGCGGGGCGCACUUGUUGUCGGAGGAUGAUUGAUGUUUGCCAUCGUGCUCGUUUUUCACAUCAAACCAAGCGACUCUCGUUUACACUAACGAGUAUGACAGUUCGCAUCAGUCGCCGGACAUGUCAGCAAACGGCACCGGAAAAGCUUGUCCAACACCGAAAGAAACUCAAGCUUUUUUACAGGAUCCAUGGCGUUGAGUUUCGACCAGUCACCGAGCUCUCUGAAGACCCCGCCUCUGGAGCUGAUGACGCCUUUGAAGACCGAAGAGGACGAUUUCGAUGAAGGAAUCGCUGAGGAUCGUUCUGAUAGUGGGGAGAGCUGCAUUAAGGUGAGCUGAAAAGAAUUCUGAGAAAACUGGGCAUGCGUCAUGAUGAUUUCAGAAGCUGUAUGGGAACUGAAAUUUUCCCACUACUAUCCUCUUUUUCUCUCAAUAUUUCAUAAAACACGGAUAAUCAAGGAUUAAAAAUAUUUCCCCAAACUUGCAAUUGAAAAUAAUUUUUUUAGAGACCUGUUGGGCUUCUGACUUAAUUGUGCUCACCGCAAGCUUGAAUGGAAACAAUUUUAAAGCUCUUUCCUCACUGAUUUUUGCUUACUAGUAAAAAAAAAUCCAGUUAUCAUAAGCCUGUUUCAUAUGAAGUUUGAUAAAGCCUCUUUAUCUGAUCCCAUUGUCAAAAAUUAGCCUUCAUUUAGCGUGGAGACAACAACUCAAAGAUUUUCAGGACGCUUCGAAAUCGCCCGAUGAGCUAAAGUCUGGAGAAGCAAAAAGUCCUUCGGCUGACAAACCACCAUACUCUUACAAUGCCCUGAUAAUGAUGGCCAUAAAAAACAGCAAGGAGAAAAGGUACAAAACCCCGAAAAAUCAUGAAUAAAAUAUAUAAGUUAAGGUUGACUCUUGCCGGCAUCUACGACUAUAUAAUUAGCAACUAUCCGUUCUAUCGGGAUAACAAGCAAGGCUGGCAGAACUCGAUCCGUCACAACCUCUCACUCAACAAGUGCUUUGUCAAAGUGCCGCGCAGUUUUGAUGACCCCGGCAAAGGUAAACUAUUUUUCCAUUAUUCAGAAGAGUUCUGGGUUUGAAACACAUUGAGAGUCCAAAAGUGGAAAAAAAAGUUGGAAAAAUUGUAGAAAAUAAUCGAAAGUCCUAUUCGAAUUUCCAUACACGUACAAAAUUUCGAAAAUUUUUCUCUAUUUUCAGAAUGUUUUUUUUCACAAACGCAGAUUUUCAGUUAGUUUAAUUUUAGACUGGUUUCGAAGAAAUACUAAAAUAACCACAAAUUUCUGUCCUAGCAUAAAUUUAUAUUCAUCUCUAGCGCAGUCCUUACAAUGGUUUCGAGGCCAAUGUAUUAUCUCAUAAGAAUUGCCCAGAAAAAACGAUCGUACCAUAUUUUCCGUCAAUUUUCGAUCGAAUCACAAUUUUUAAGGCUUGAAAUAUUCCACCUCAAUCUGAGUCAUUUGAAUGGUAUUAUGAUGAAACUUUGUACUUUUCUAAAACUUUUUCAAUUCCAGGAAACUAUUGGAUGCUCGAUGCAAACUGCGAAGACGAAGUGUUCAUUGGCGGCUCCACUGGAAAACUCCGCCGAAGGCCCUCUUCGAUGACUCGCGCUAGAUUUGACGCCUACAAACAGUACGGUGCAGCGGCGGCAGCUCUUUUCCCCAACUUCUUUGCUCCUCCGGUUCCAAACGCGGUCCGACCUCCCAACUUUCCCAAUCCUCCUUACAUCCGACCUGUGAUGCCUUUGGCCCCGAACAUUCCUCAGAUCUACCCUCAAGAAUUGCUCCAGUACUACCUCGCCCAGCAGACAGACAUGUUCCGCAAGUACUAG